AUGCCCGACAUUGCAGAAGUCACUGAGAAACUCCAGCCCCAGGCUGAGGUGGCGUUCCCAAAGACCCCAUUCUUUGAGGGUUCCGAGUUGCCAUGCCGGUUCGAAGGUGAGGUGUACAACUGCGUCGUCCGUGGAACAAUUCCCAAGGAGGUUGAUGGCACCUACUAUCGCUGCAUGCCGGAUGCUCUAUGGGCGCCACAGUAUGAGGACGAUGUGUUCAUCAACGGGGACGGUGCGAUCGAUGCAAUCCGAAUCCACGAUGGACACGCCGAUUUCAAACAAAAGUAUGUCCGGACCUCCAAGUUUGUUAUUGAAAGAGCCGCGCGCCAGGCGGUGUUUGGGAAAUACCGAAAUCGCUACACCGAUGACCCGCGCGUGAAGCAUGAGAUUCAUUCCACCGCCAACACGCAUAUCAUCUUUUUUGAAAAGCAGCUGUUGGCGUUGAAGGAAGACUCGCCGCCAUACGCCAUGGACCCCGAUACCCUUGAGACGAAAGGAGCCUAUGAUUUCCACGGGCAGUACACGGCCCCGACCUUUACGGCUCACCCGAAGAUUGACGCCAGCAACGGGGAGAUGAUGACCAUGGGGUAUGAGGCAAAGGGCGAUGGCACAACCGACGUUGCCUACUACCUCUUCAGUAAGGAAGGUAAAAAGCUUGAAGAAUGUUGGUUCAAGGGUCCGUAUAUCGGUAUGAUGCAUGACAUGGCAGCAACCGACAAGUGGGUGGUCUUCACCAUCCCACCUCUGCAAGCCCAGUCUCUGGAAAGUCUCAAGGCUGGCUCGAAGCAUUUUGCUUGGGCUGAAGACAAGCCAUUGACUUUUGGUAUUCUCCCCCGUUACAACCCCAAGCCGGAAGAUAUUAGAUGGUUCACCUAUAAGAAUGCGUUCUAUGGUCACACUGGGAAUGCCUUUGACGGAGACGAUGGGUGCGUUUAUCUUGAUGCGCCACUCACCUAUUUCAAUAAGUUUUGGUUCUUCCCUCCAGUCGGUCAAGACCCAAUGACGGCGCCAAGCGGAAAGCCCCCCGGCAGAGAUCAAUUGCAGAGCCACUAUGUUCGUUGGAGGUUCGAUCCUAACGCGACCGAUCCCCGCGUGGAGCCUGUGGAACUGGUAAACGCCGAUGGGGAGAUGCCCAAGGUUGACGACCGUUUCGCUGGAAAGCCCUACAAUACUCUCUUCCUCGCGAUGCACGAUCCUACAAAGGAGAACGGUCCCGUCGGAGGCAUCUAUAAUGCCAUUGCGAAAUGCGACGUCAACACCGGGAAACUGGUUCAUUGGUCCGCUGGAGACCACACUGCAAUCCAUGAAGUUGCAUUUAUUCCUCGGACGCCAGAUUCCCCCGAAGCCGACGGCUUCCUUGUCACCAUCGCCAAUCGACGUGAUACCAAGCUGUCUUGUAUCUUGAUUCUGGAUGCCCAGAAGCUGGCUGAAGGUCCUCUUGCAAUUAUCGAACUGCCGUUUCGCCUUCGAAAUGGAAUCCACGGAAGCUGGGUGCCUUCCACAGAACUGCCUAGUGACAAUGACUUGUGCGAUAUGUCUGGGGUUACCGACAAGAUUCGCCGCGCGUACGCAGGUAAGCCGGUCAGCUUCCCCAAGUUCAAGGCUUAG